AGCUAACCUUAAUUUCUAGCCAAAGGCUUGAGGGAUUGAGAAAGCAAAUUCACAGAAGAUAGGCGAUUCUCGCGCAAUGACACCAAUUACACUCUCUAAGUGAUCUGGAAAUAGGCCGGCGGCGAAAGGAUGAUCGCUACAGCCUACAGGGGAUGGCGUCGAUCGAUCUGUGGGAUGGAGCAAGGCGUCGUCUGGAAUUACCAUCGGGAGGUUUUCCCUUGUUGUAAACUCGAAGGAAGUCUUUUGUUCCUUCGUGAGAAGUCUUGGAGUGUGGUAUCUCCGAGCAAAGGCGUUGAGGCUCGUGUAGGUGAAGGGCAAUCCACCACGAGGCCUUCGUUGUUUGACGGAACAAACUACACUUAUUGGAAGGAGCGGAUGAGGAUUUACAUCCAAUCCACCAACUUUCUCCUGUGGAGGAUUAUCAAAAACGGCAAAGAUGUUCCCAUGAAGAAGGUCGGGGAAACCAACGUCCCUAAAACCGAAGAUGAGUAUGAUGCGCAAGACAUCAAGAAAGUCGAGAACAAUGCAAAGGCCAUCAACAUCAUCUAUUGUGCCGUAAACCCGGAUGACUACCGGAAGAUUUCUUGUUGUUCCACCGCCAAGGAAAUGUGGGACAAGCUAGAAAUCACUUAUGAAGGUACGGAUCAAGUCCGAGAAGCUAAAAUAGAUUUUCUAACCCAUGAAUAUAAAUUGUUUCGUAUGAAGGAGAAUGAGAAAAAUCCUGCGGAGUCUCACACCAGAAUGGCGCUCCAAAGCCGAUGCCAUCCAAGAGUCUAUCAGCAUCACCAAUGUCACCAUCGACGGGCUAUAGGUAACCUCAAAACCUAUGAGUCUACCAUUCUUUUCCCCUCUUUAGGUGAACAAAAGAAUAAGGGGAUUGCACUCAAGGCUUCCUCAAGCCAAGAACCCGCCAUGGAGGAAUCAAGCGAUGAAGACAACGAGUUCGGGUUCGUUAUCAAGAAAUUCCACAAGUUCAUGCGAAAGGAGUAUGAACGAAAGGGCAAGAAACAUGGAGGACCACCCAAAUGCUAUGGGUGUGGAGAAAUUGGGCAUAUCAAGCCAAAAUGCCCAAAUGCCAAAAACGAGAAGGAGAAGAAACCGUUCAAGAAGCACCGAGCUUACAUCUCGUGGGGAGGUGAUUCCGGUGACGAACCAUCGGUAGGCGAAGAAAACGAAAGCGCCAACCUUUGCCUCAUGGCACACGAGGAACCACCGGAAGAGAACAUCUAUCUCAACGACAAUGAUGAAGGAAACAACUCAAAGGAAGCCCAAGACGAAGAAGAAGAGCCACCUGUGAAUGAGGAACAACCACGAGAGGAAGAAACGCCAAUGCCAAGGGCAUGGAGGACUUCAAAGGACCAUCCUCUUGACAAGGUAAUAGGUGACAUCAACCGAAAGACACCUCCAAUAACCUUCUCUGUUACGUUCUUCUUCGAUGCCAGCAGCUACAAGCGCACUUCAACCCUUUCUCUCUUCUUCAAAGACGUCAGCAGCUACCAGCGCGCGUGAGACUUCUCUCUUCUCCAACGAAGUUAGCAGUUACUAGUGCACGCCAGACUUCUCUCUUCUCCAACGACGUCAGCAGCCACCGGCACACGUCAGACUUCUCUCUUCUAAAAGUUUCUAGUUGCUAGCUAGUCUCCAAGCUUUCUCUUGCUUCAGCCAGAGUUCAGUUUGAGGGGGAUGUUAGACAAUAAUAAUAGUAUUACCUGUGG